CCGGCGACGCGAUGGCGCCUGCGGCGAGGUCCUGGGCGCCGGCCCUCUGGAGGCUGUGCAACUUGCUCAUGGCCGCCUUCUUCGCGCUGGCGGCCUUCGUGCAGGUGAAUGAUCCAGAUGCAGAGUUGUGGAUGCUGGUGUACACAAUACCUGCGGGAUUGACCCUGCUUGUUGGACUUAACCCUCUUGUCACAGGUAACUUUUUCUGGAAGAGCAUCUCUGCAAUACACGUAUUAUUUUGUAUCGUGUGGGCUCUUGGCUUGGGAUACUACCUCUUGCUUCACACACAGCAGAACAUCUUACACGAGGAAGAAGGCAGGGAGCUGUUUGGUCUGGUGAUUAUAGCAGUAUGGAUGAGCCUAUGCCAUAGUUCGUCAAAAAAGCACAUCACAUUACCUCUGUGGGAGGCUGAGUAAUGGCCCCCAAAGACGUCCAGGUCCCAACCCCUGGAACCGGAAUGUACUUUAUAUGGCAAAAUGGACCUUGCAGAUGUGAUUAAGGAUCUUGAGAUGGGGAGAUGAUCCUGGAUUAUCCAGUGGGCCCUAAACGUAAUCACAAGUGUUCGUAUGAGGAGGCGGCAGUGGGAGAUUUGACUACAGGGAAAGCAGAGGAGAAGGGGAUAUGACGAUAAAGCAGAGAAAGAUUAACAGAUGCUAUGCUGCUGGCUCUGAAGAUGGAGGAAAGGCCCACGAGCCAAGGAAUGCAGCUAUAGACGCUGGAAAAGGCAAGCAUCUUGGUCAUCUAGUGCUGUCAUAACAAAUACCACAAGUGGAUGGCUUUAACAAACACAAGUUUAUUCUCUCACAGUCUAGUAGGCUACAAGUCCAAAUUCAGGGAGUCAGCUCCAGGGGAAGGCUUUCUCUGUCAGCUCUGGAGGAAGGUCCUUGUCAUCAGUCUUCCCCUGGACUAGGAGCUUCUCCACGCAGGAACCCCGGGUCCAAAGGACGCGCUCUGCUCCUGGUGCUGCUUUCUUGGUGGUAUGAGGUUCCCUUUCAUUUCUUGUAAGAUAAAAGGUGGUGCAGGUCACAUCCCAGGAAAACUCCCUUUACAUUGAGUCAGGGAUGUGACCUUGGUAAGGGCAUUACGACUUCACCCUUAUCCUCUUUAACAUAAAAUUACAAUCAGAAAAUGGAGGACAACCACACAAUACUGGGAAUCAUGGCCUAACGAAGUUGACACACAUUUUUGGGGGACACAAUCCAACCUUUGACAGUAGGGAAGCAGAUUCCCCUCUAGAUCCUCCCCAGGGAGCACAGCCCUGCUGACACCUUUUUUUUCUCCGAGUGAAAGUGAUUUUGGGCUUCUAAUCUCCAAAACUGUAAGACAGCAAAUGUAUGUUGUUUCUAAGCCACUGGGUCUGUGGUAAUUUGUUACAGCAGUCGUAGGAAACCAGGGCAGCCUCUGUAUCUUCAUAGUGUAUCCGACAACACUGUACCAUACGGUGCUGGAAGAUAAGCACCCUAGGUUGGCAGGUUCUAUACAACAGCCCUAGCAGUGGACUCAAGCGUACCAAUGAUCAUGAAGAUGGUGCAGGACCAGGCAACACUUCCAACAUUCUGUCAUCCAUAAGACAGCCAUGAGUCAGCGCUGACUUGAUGGCAACAACAAUAAUGUUCAUAGUGCCCAGGUGCUCACCAUACACACUUGGGUUGACUGUUAUUUCUUUUAUUGUUUUUAAGGCCUGAAUCAAACUUUCUUUACACUUGAACAGUUCCAAUUUGCUACCUAGUAGGUGUUUUGUAAAUAAGUCUUAGCAUAUAUGGCAACUGAGCUGCUUAAACAUGUCCGGCUUCUCCUAAAGGGAGUCAAGGGAAAGUUCAUUAACCCCCUAUGGUGGCCCACAGGCCAGUCCACAGGCGCCCUGCUGCCCUGGCUCUUGGGUCCUGCUUUGGUUGGAGUCACAAGAGGAUCACAUGGCCUCUCUGGAGGCCAUGAGAGCUCUGCACACGCACCUGUGAACACGUGCUGACGAUUCUUCUACUUAAAAAAUAAGACGAGCCUAUAAAACUCCAAGUAUGACAGGUACUGGGGACAAAAAACGUCCAAGGCUUAUUCACACAGCAGGGUGAACAGAAAAGUUUGCCUGAGCUUAUUUUAGGUAUUGUUCAUGAAUUUUUAAGUUAAAUAGGUAAAACAUGAAUGCAUUCCCCUUAUAAGAAGUAAAAAAAUUGAGGUAAGGCUAAAUAGUCCUUUUUAAGAACAAUACCCACCACCACCUCAGCCUCCUCCUCGGUUUGUUCUGUUUCUUUCAGCAAUGGAUGUAUUAUCCACUGAUAACGUUUUAGAAUACUUUAUGAACUAAUGCACACUGAGGCCAGAAAUCCAUUUUAUUAUGCAGGCACAACACUGAACGAUGGGACUGAGGAUUCACGUUUCUGUGGGGACCUUUGAGGGGAGGGGCAAACACACAAGCGAAGUCAUUCUCUUUCUACGAAGGUCGACAAAUCAGACUAUAGAUGGAAAGCUUCUUCUUACUUGUAAUUCAUAAUUCUGUUGGGAACUCUGCCUCUCCCUUUCAACAUCAUUUUAUCAGGAUAGACAUGGACUGUGCCAAAAGCCUGGCUAUCUGGCGCUGUUUCAAUGACCCCUUCUAGACUGACAUGGUGCACACCAAAAGGAUCCUCCGAGUACCCACCAUCGUGGGUGUGACCAGCGAAGAAGCAAACCACACAUUCAUGAGACCAAAUGACUGCAAGGGCGUCUCUGUAAUUCCAGGCUAGGCUCACACUGUCAGAGGAUCCCGGAUAAAUGGGAAGAUGGCCUGUUAGUAAAAGAAAAAAUAAAGAGUUAUGAACCACUUAAGAAAUAGUGCUUUCAUCAAAUAAAUGGCUAAAAACCAGAAAAAAAUGUAUAUUUCUACCUCAUUAUCCAAAUGGAUUGAGAGCAGAAAGGAUCCAGAUACAUGAAGAACUAUGUACUCCACAGUUUCUGGAGCACAGAAAGAAGGGUUAGACAGUUCGCAUAUAAGGCGGAAGAAGUCUGUAGAGGCAGAAGCCCUGAGAUCUCUGUGCCCUACACAGUCUCAUGAUGUGUGAGCACCGAGGGAGAUCAAGGGCUUCCUGUGUAGGCCAGUCUGCAAAGCUGGCCAGAAAUCAGGCCGAUGCUGCCCUGGAACCCAAUCUCAUUCAUUUCCUUAAAAAUGAAUGUCUUAUACAUAGAAAGAAAUAAUCCUAAAGAAAGGAGCAGUUUAGGUAGGAAGCCAUGGAGUACGUCACUUAUACACGCAGUGCCUUAGUAGUAGUUCAUGCCACCUUAAAGUUGUUUUUCUUCACAACCCCUCCACGAAGCAGAGGUAGCCACACCCACUCACAAGAUGCGAUAAGAAAACUGCAUUGAAGCAGGGAAUAUUUACUCUAGGUCCCACAGUAAAGUGUGAAGUACAGUCGGGAAACUUUCAAAUUCCUAACGCCCAAACAUAUAUUAGGCCCAGUCUUCAUUCUGAAGUACAAGUUCAGUAGCUCACUGGGCUUUGCUUCUUCCCAUUAAAUCCCUUUUCUUUUUUCUGUUAUUGUUCAUUUUUAUUCCAAAAUUUAAACACGCUUCUGCUCAAUACCUAUUAGUCUGUAAUGUAAGCUUUAAAAAUAUUGUUAGUUAAACAGGCCACUAAAGCAAGAAAAGGAGUCAAAGAAACUUACUACGCACACACGUACCCACAACCACCCUCCACGCUGUAGUAAGGAAGGGAGGACUGAGUCCAAAGGGGCAUGUGACUUCCUUCCCAGGGCCUAGAAGCCAUACUGGACUCACCUAGCAAGACUCUGCAGCACUGGACACGAACAGUCGCUCCCUCCUCCUUGAAACACUUGGCUUCUAGGACACCACACUCUCCUAGUUUUCCUCCAACUUCAGUGGCCACUAAUUCUCAAUCUCCUUUGCUGGUUUCUCCUCAUUUUCCUAGUGUCUUACCAGAUGUGCCCAAACGCUUAGUCCUUGGACUUGUCCUCUCUCUCUACACCUAAUGCGUUGGUGAUCUCUAAGUGACUUACAUGGCUUUAAAGAUCAUCUGUGUUCUUCAGUGUAGUGGUUAAGUGCUACGGUUGCUAACCAAAAGGUCAGUAGUUCAAAUCCACCAGGCGCUCCUUGGAAGCUCUAUGGGGCAGUUCUACUCUGUCCUAUACGGUCAUUAUGAGUCGGAAUUGACUCAAUGGCAACAAGUUUUUUUUUUUUUUUGGCGGGGAGGAUGUCCUUUCAGCUUCUACAUUUAUAUAUCUAGCCUAAACCUCGAUACUCAAUUUCAGAUUCAUAUGACCAAACUGUCCACUCAACAUUUCCACUAAUAUCUAACAGGCUUCUGAUAUCUAAGAGCCAUCUGACACUUAAUAUAUCCAAACGUGAACUCAGGAACCCUCCCUCCAAGCCUUCCUCCCCUGUAACAUUCCCCAUCUUAGCUCAUGGCAAUUCUAUCCUUCCAAAUGCAGAGCAAAAACUCAACAACUAGGCAAAAUGACCUCUGAAUAGCCAGAAGGAAAGCUAAAAAAGCAAACAAAAACAAACUAAAAUUUCUAUUAAACAUUUUAAACUUUACUACAAGAAAAUCUCGGACACUCAGUUGUUAAAGAUUUGCUUAUCUAGUUUCCUAGCUUACAGCAAAGUGGAAGAAGAAUAUAAAAGACACUAAACUAGAAGGGUCCACUGCCAGCAGUAAAAAAGAAACGGGAAGAAUGAGGGCUAGAGUGGGAAGGGGGCUGGGAUGUAAAACAUGGACUCCCGUCUCAGUUCUGUCAGUAGCUAUAGGAUUUUAGCUAUGUGAUUCAACCUCUUUGGGCCUCCGUUUCCAUACCUUUAAAACAAAGGGGUCUGGCUAUAUAAUGUCUAAGUGUUUUUAGCUCUAGUAUUCUCUAAAGUAACACUUACAGCCUGCCAGAAGAAAAGUAAAAAGCAGACAUAAAUCAAAAAGUACCCCAGUUUUUGAGAUCCUUUAGUAUAGAGCCAAAGAUCGUCACAUACAGCCAAUAGUCUUGGAGGGCUCCAGUGGCACAGUGGUUAAGAGCUCAGGCUGCUAACAAAAAGGUCAGCAGUUUGAAUCUACCAGCCGUUCCCUGGAAACGAUAUGGGGCAAUUCUACUCUGUCCUGUAGGGUUGCUUGAGUCAGAACUGACUCAGCAGCAAUGGGUUUAUAUUCUCCGAGCCUUGAAUGAAUAUUCACUAUCCCACAGCAGCAGAAACACUCCUAUUCCAUCCACAUGGUUUCCAUAUCACUGAAAGAUUACUAAGUAAAAAUCACACUUACACACAGAAACGCAUUCUCCAAGUGUUUUCAUAUUUAUCAUUUUAUUUGAUGCAAUACUGAGAAAACCGCAGUACGUAGGUUAGAUAUUUGUCCAGGGUCCCACAGUUCAUGUAAAUAAGGGCCAGGACGGCUUCUAGUCCUUCUAAGUCUCAGUCCAAUCUUCUCAUCCAUUUUGCCACAUCAAUUCUAGAACAAGGGCUGUGAUCUCAGUCCCCAAACCAUACAUACCAGCCAUACUGCAAAUCCAAAUCCAGCUUUUCCUAUGUGUGUGUGUACAUACGUGUGUGCAUAAGUGUGUGUCUCAAGCAACUCCAGAUUCCUAUCAUCUCCGACAGCAGUAUGUCUGUCAAAAACCUAUUCUAAGUAAAAAUAACACAAAUCCAAAUUCCUCGUAACCCUGUGGCAGACAGUUAUAGUACUGAAAUGACUCACUACCAGCUAAGCCUGUAAUACUUCUCUCCCGUGAUGUCAGCUUUCCUUUCAUUUAGGCAGCAGUUGCCUAUUUGGUGGCCACUUACUUCACUGACAGGUAGGUCUCCUAAGGCUGAGAUUGUGUGUAGGGCCUGAACCGAAUUUCUCAUUUAAAAAUUACUAGAUAAAUUGAUCCCACUUGGGGAAACUAUACUUUGAAUCCUAAAAGGCCAACUUAUAAAAUUUCUAACUUAGCUACAGGAGUCUUAGAAUUUAUUUAAAUGGUUGAUAAUGUAACAUUGUGUUCCUAUAUAUAAAUGUAAUUUUUAUUUAUCAGUCUUCUACUGGACAUGCUAGCAGGAGAGACCAGUCUUGGAGAAGGACAUCAUGCUUGGUAGAGACCCUCCGCAAGGUGGACUGACACAGUGGCUGCAACAAUGGGCUCAGGCAUAACAACGAUCAUAAGGAUGGCGCAGGACAGGGCAGUGUUUUCGUUCUGUUGUACACAGACAGGGUCGCUAUGAGUUGGAACUGACUCAAUGACACCUAACAACAACAACAAUCUUCUACUGAUGUGGGAGAAAGUAUGUAGAUGGAAUAGGGGCUUUCUAAUAUAUAUCAAGAUGUUUUUUGUUAUUUUACAAUUCUUUCCUGACUCAACUUUAAAUGAUUCAGGUUGUUUCUCAAUAAAAAAUUUUAAACUAAGCAUCCAUUUUACAGGGAAGAAAAAACAAAUCCAUUGCCAUCAAGUCAGCUCUAACUCACAGCGACCCUAUAGGACAGAGCAGAACUGCCCCAUAGGGUUUGUAAGGAGCAGCUGAUGGAUUUGAACUGCUGAUCUUAGGCUAUCACAAUAUGAAUAUUGCUAGUAUUAUUAAAACCUAACUUUUCCCAUUCCCUAAAAUGCUAAUAUAAUCAGAUAAACACUUAAAAUACUUACUAACAAUCACCACCUUUUCUUGGUUUGUGUCACAGAACGUAAGAACUUCAUUUAACCAGUUCAGCUGUUCUUGGCUGAAUCCUCCAUUAAACUGGACAAACUGGGGCUCAGAAAGUCCUGAAAUGAAUUCAGAAAGUCACAUCCACCAAAUGUCAUUUUUUACCCCCUCAUUUGGGCAUUCAAACUUAGUUAAUACAGGGAGACUUGUACUUUUCUUUAGAAAUAUUUGACUGGCAGCCAUCUUAAAGAGUAAAUAACUUAAAAUGAGAAAUCACCAGAAUUUAGAACAAUGUAUGAAUCAGUCUAUCUUAAUCCUAGUUGGGACACUCUUUUGCUUAUCUCACUGGCUUUCCAUUACAUUUUAAAUGAAAUACAAGCUCCUUCCUAUACCAACAAGGCACUACAUAGUCUAGCUACUGUUUACUUUCCACAAUCACCUCAUACCCUCUCCACCCCACCCCCACGCCACCACAUUGGCCCUUUUCUGUGGUCUUCAAAAAUGCCGAAGUCUUAUUCUGCUUUGGGCCUUUACACUUGUUUUUCCCUGUUUGGAAUACUCUGCCCCAAUAAAUCCAAAGCUUUUGAGUUGAUUCUGACUCACAGCAACCCUACAGGACAGAAUUGCCCCACAGGGUUUCCGAGAUGUUUAUCUUUAGAGAAGCAGACUGCCACAUCUUUCUCCCACAGAGCAGCAGGUAGGUUUGAACUGCCAACCUUUUGGUUAGUAGCUGAGUGCUUAACCACUGCAUCACCAGGGCUCCUUACUCUUCCCAAAGAUGACUCCUUCUUGUCAUUCAGGUUUCCAUGUAAAUGUUUAUUUCCUGAGAAAGGCUUUCUCUGACCACCUAUUCUGAAUCAGUAAUCUUCGUCCCUUCCUACACCAUCAUCCUGCUUUCUUUUCCUGAUAGCACUUAUCACUGUGACAAACAGCCUUGGUUUUAUUCCAUUUAUUAUCUGUCCUGCCCACCUACCUCUCUUGUUCCCCCCACUCCCUCCACAAAAGAGGGAUAUUGUAUUUGUUAUAGCUCUGAAUAGCUCGCCCUAGAAAAACUGCCUGGCACAGAGGAAGCAUUCAAGUAUCUGCUAAAUAGAGGAAUGUUGAAUCAACUGCCAUCAAUCCGUGUGACAUCAGCUUGUGAGAAAAUCCUGACCCUGAACAACAGCAACAAUAUACUUUUACCUUAAUCGUGCAUCUUCCUGCUGAAUAAAAGGUAGCUGAAGAAUUUAAAGACAAGGUAUUAGAUUCUCAGCUCAAAGGAAUAAUUCACCUUGAGGAUUAUUCAAUUCCGCAUUUGGAUUAUGCUCCUUCAGUAUCUUCAUACAUUGCUGGUAUUUUGGAGAAGACUGAUCCACACCCAAGACACUCAAGUCAUACGCGUCAAGUAAAAUGAACCGGAAUUUAGGGUAUGGUACAAAAUGAUAAGCAUAGUAGUUUUCUGAAGGUAUGGUCUCAGGAUGAUGUACAAUCUGGUCUUCCAGAAACUUGGUGUUAAGUUUGGAGUUUGUUAAAUAGUCUCUACUGAAGUUAUAAAAUUCAUGAUUUCCCCAUGUAUGAUGAACUGGGACUUUAAGCGUUUCAAAUGUGUUCAUAACAAGUUCUAGAGACUUUUCUGAUGCUUGAUACUGUGCAUUGUAUCCAUCAAUGAUAUCUCCAAGCUGAAGUACACAACAGGGUAUAUUGCCUUCGUUAUUCCAGUCUUCGAUAGCACCCUGUAGAUGAAGAAGACUAUGUCUGUAGUAUCUCCUCCUGUUUCCUUGGAAAUUAUAGCCGUCUUCUAAGUCAGCAUACUGAAUAUCUGCUAUAACUCCAAAGGAGAAGAGAAGUUCUGAACUCUCCCUUAAGGUUCCCGGCUGAUCAUCCAUAAUCUCCAAACAGCCCUCCUGUAAACUACAUAAAGUAAAAAAGACAACCAAGUUGUAAACACCAUAAUUUUCUAAUUGGACUGCAGAAAACGCUAAAAUGAAUAUUAAACUUAACAGUUUAAUUCACUAAGCACCUUGGUACAGAGAAAAGUGCGUUUGAGUCUUGGAUGGUCAUAGGUCCAAGUUACCGUGUCUUUAAAAUGCUUCAGUUUUCUCAUCUGGAAAACAGAUGAUAACCUCUAUCCCUCGGGAGAGUAACAGUUUACAAAAUGGUGUUGUCAUCCAAUUAAUGAAUAGGCGUUCUAAUAUAAGUAGAGCCAAAUUCAAAUCUGGAAUAAUUUCUAAAUUUUUAAGAAAUACGAACUAGUGUUAAACACACAUACAUACACACACACACACACACACACACACACGCACCCCUUUCCCACAAACACCAAAAUGGUUCUUUCAAAACGUCAAGGUUUUAUUUGAAAGUUGUAUAUUACAUGAAUUCAUUCUACCUUAUGCAUCAGAUUCCCAUUACGGGUUAUUUUCCGUCAGGCUAGCUCUUUUCUCUUUGCUGGUGGGUAGGUGACCUGAAAUAAGUUUCUCAUAUUUUAUAUCUGGAAUAACAGGGGGAGGCAGUGAAGACGUGAAAAGAGAGGAAAAAUAUUUAUCUUUUUACUUAAAUAAGUAUAUGCAUUUUGAGAGAAACCGCUUUAAUCAAAAAAGAAAAAAACCUUGUAUAAAAAUUAACUUUGACAUUGAUGUGACUGUAAUUUCUGUGAACAGUGGUUCUUGGUUCUUUAAAUAGUUGGAUUCUAAUUCUGACUUUUUUUUUUUACCCUGAAUAUUAAUCCCCUAUUCCCACAACCAAACCAAACCAUGAAAUAGUGAAUCUUUCCUUCUUACAAAUUAUUUCUGCACUGAAUUGUGGCCAAGAAGAGC